AUGUGGGCGCGACGCCUUGGUGUGCCGCAUCUGUGGCCAUCCCGAGUGAAGGUCUUCUUCCUGGCCAUUUUGACGUCAGUCUUCAACUUCAGUGUGUUCCAAUACCUGCACAAUGCCAAUGUGGCCUACCUCAACUUAUCUUCGCCGUCUUCCAAUGAAAUCGUGUGCAAGCUUCCCCGGGAAGAGUGCGCCAGCAACCCAGACCCGGCGAGAUGCACCGUUGACUUGGAGGAUCGGCGUUUCUGGAGAGGCUUGAAUCUGACGACCCCCUGCCCGCAGCUCCCGGAUUCAGUCAAAGGUCAGACAUGCCACAAUCCAUGGCUUCCACUCCGGGCCAUGUCCGGAGACCUGGGCAGCCUCCAUACCGUGAAUGUGGGUGUGCAUCCUUUCAGACUUUGGAGUAUCUUGUUCCUCAUCCUCACGUCGCUGCUCAGUCUUGCGAUUCUCAUUCAUGAUCUGGCCCUGCUCGCAGAAGACCAGCGGCCGUUUAUCUUGUCGAUUCCCAACAUGAAGUAUGCUACUCCAUGCUUGUGGGACUGCUUGACGUGUGUUCGAGGACGGCAACAGACAAGGCGCAUUUGGUCGCAGAAUCGCUGCGUUCUGGCUGUGUUGGUCAUGCUUUGGUCGCUCUUCCAAACCGUUGCUUUCAUGGUGGUGAUGUAUCCGUUUUCGCUGCUAGUGUGUGUAUAUGCUCCGGUGAAGAUGUCUCGAAUCAUGGUCUUUCUUUCAUCUAUCCUUUGUGCGAUGUGGGCCGUCGUUUUUGUGGUCUUCACCUCGCUGCUAGACACCCAUGCGUACGCGGUGUUGUGGGGCGUAUCAGAGCCUGGCUCGUCGACCAGCUGUCUCUGCCUUUGCGAGUUUCCGCUGAGCAGGCCGGUGGUGCUGCGAAUCGUGGUUCUGGGGAUUGGUGUGUGCUGGCACUCGAUCAACUUGACAUUGAGAGCCUUGAAAGGGCUCCGCCGUGCUCAGUGGGCCAAUAUGUUCAGCGUCUUGUAUUCUGUUCCCGUGGAAGCGUUUCCUGUGGUGUGGGAACGGCCCCAGGAGGCCGGCGGAGGUCCCGUGAAGUGGCGAAAGGAGGGCGAGGCCAUGCAGUCGGAGCCGGCUUUUGACCCGUUCUGCCUCAUGGACGAGCAGCCAGAAAGUGCCUGGACUCGGGCAAUCAUCGCGCCUGUGCCGGUGAAGGACGACUCACGCUUGAGCGUUUGGGAGCCGUACUUGGGCACGCUGGACAUGGAGAUUGGCUGGUGCGGUUUUCCACGUCCGGUGGGCGGGGCAUGGGAAAGAGACACGGACUGCGAGACCGACUCUUUGAAGAACAAGGAGGAGGCGGAGCCUGUCGUGCAGGAAGUGGGAAUCACUACGUCCUGUAGAUCUGACCAAAGUUGUCAGAACGGAACACCGCAAGGCAUUUGGUCCCGGAAGGUCAAGAAGCGGCCCCCACCAAUGCUCUUUCUUCACACAGAGGAAACGGAGGAGGACGAGGACUUAGCCAUAGCAGAUGUGUUGCAAGGCCUGCGAGACUGGGAGAACGAUCCCGGUGUCAAUGGCAGUCAGCCGGCAUCGGCUUCAAACACCUUUCACCGCCGGCUUUCGGAUGCUCAGGAUAUUUUUCACACAGGCUUUUCAGACCUGCGCCCGGCAACUCCGGCUUCUGGUGCAUCAGGGCCGCCGUCGGCCUCUGUAUCACGGCAGCCGACGCCGACCGAACAGAGCCACAGAGCCGCCGGGGCAAUCAUCGUCGGGCGCAGGGUGUUGACGCCUGCCGGCAAGUCUGGUCAAGCACGUGGUUCCAGACUGGGCCCUCCCGGCCCCCCGUUCCUCGUGUGA